AACAUUAGUAAGCAGUUGUCUAGUGUGUUAUACUGUGCUAAAGAGUUACAAGAUGAAGUUUGUCUCCAUUUCUUUUUUGUUGACCAGUUGGUUAACUUUAGAGACAUGUCAAGAUCUGGAAUUUCAUGAUUUCUUCCAAAUGCUUGAUUCUGAUGAUUAUGAACAGGAAGAAAGAGUCCCGUUGCCUCCAAAUAUUACAGUGUACCAGCAGGUGGACGACAGAGAACAUGUGAUAGUGAAGUGCACACUUGAAAGUUGGAUUCAUUGGUCUGGCUGGAGCUUGUGUCAGCUAUCUGUGGAAACUGAACAUAACUGCACCAUGGAUAAAAUUCGAAGCCGAAGAGAUGAUGUGCAUUUAUUUGUGGUCACAGUGAGCCCACCUGUUUCUUUUACCUGUAUGUGUAGGACUCAUGUUAAUGAAAACAUCACAUACAGUGAUACUUACAUUUUCAAUCAGUCUGGCAUCCUGAAUAUUCAAGUUCAUAAAGAUAAAGUUCAAAAAGUUGUCUUAGAUCAUCAUGGGGAAGGAGUUUCUUUAGUCUACAUUGGUUUUGUCUCUUUCAUCGUUCUUGGUCUCAUCAUCAUGAUUGCUGCAGUGAUAGUGACCACCAUUAAGAGCAAUAAUAAGGGACCCAACAUCACAGUUAUGAACAAUGACUAUGUGGAUGCAUAAAUCAUCUUUUUGUAGAAAGAAGAACAGAGAUAAAAGAGAUUCAAGAUAAACGCAGAUAAUGGUUUAUCAGCAAUAAACUAAAUAAUAAUAAGUAGGCUAAUUAAGUAAAUCAGUGUUUACAUUUUUAUUUAGAUAACUAUUAGUUUUAUAUAAAUUGUCAUACUUUGAAAUAUAUAUAUAAAAUCAAACAAACACCUCCUAUUUUAUUUUUGUUUUGUCAAACUUCUCUAUUAUUUUUAUUAUCUUUAUUAUUUUUGAUUAUUAUUAUUUUAUUUACCUAAGAUGAUAUUCUUGUGUUUGCAUUCCUCAUUUGUAGUUUUUUGACAGUUUUAUUACUGCUUUAGGUUUAAUUAUUAUUAUUUCUGGUUGUGACAGUUUGCUUUGCUUUUGCAGAAGCUAUGUUAACUCAAUGUUCUGUUGUGUUAUACGAAAAAUUAAGUGCAGUUAUUCCUGUUAUACAGUAGCAGCAACCAGUAGCCGCUAAGAGGCUGAGUAGAGGGAGUUAAAGAUGACGCGUUUCAGUUGCAUACAGGGUGGUUUAUUAAUGUUGAUCAGCAGACAUUGUAAGAAUUUUGAUUGAUCCUGACCAAAAGGUCAGCCCUUCCUGGGAACACAGCAUGGAUGCCCGAGAGUGCAGUGUGUGUGCCCUGUAGGUGCCUGAGGCAGCAAGGACAUCAAAAGAGAACUUUUUUGCAACACAACAAGUUUUCCUCCAGGACUCACGGCAGGGGACCAAGACCCCCAAAACACCCCUCUCGGGAACCAGAACUUUAUCUCGAAUACAGGAGACUCCCUGGAGAGUUACACUUGAUUUUCAAACACCACAUCUCCAUACAACAACAGGAUUCAAUGUUAAUCUGUGACAAUAAACAAGUAAACUUAACCUAAUGUUGGGAGACAACUCCUACCUUAGAGAUGUUGACCAAUCACCCACUGUAUGUAUAUUAGGCAACACCCCUUAAUUUUACAACAACCAAUCAGUAGCAAACUCCUAUAUGCUUUGUCUCUCUGGAUAUUUAAGGGAAUGAUGUAAAAUGGUUCAGGGGGUCUUUCUGUUCAUGGAAGUUCACCCCCAUGAUGCUGUAUCUUUGAUACAGCAUCAUGUAUUUUAUUUUACUUUGAGAAAUCUGUAACCAGAUAUUCAUCACUUGCCAGGUAUGCAUUAUUCUCAUUUGAUUAUAUUUGUUUUCUCGUAUUUGAAUUGGAAUGUGAAUUGGCUUCUGAAUUAUGUUUUACCUACCUGGUUAAUAAAUUGUUAUAUUUGAUUUUAUUCUGUGUUGCUCGGUAAAUGUUGACACUGCAAGUAAUAUCGUUGUAUCCGUAGUUACCGUAAGGACUGAAAUCAGGCUAGGAUCGGCCCAAUCCCAGUUAGAUAGUGAAUAAUACAUCAGCUGAGGAUUUGAGAGAUACGACUAGCAAUUGGCGUUAGUUUAAGUGUACUUAGAAGCGU